CCCCCUCGCUUUCAAGACGCCAGAACAGCCAUGAGUGACCACACUCACAACUACCCCAACCCGGGCUCAGCCCGGUUCAUCGACCCCGAUGAUGAGCAAGAGAUACCCAUCUACUUCAUCAACCCCGGUGAAGUGAGCAACGACGACGCCGACGCUGCCACCGAGGAGCCGGUGGUCCAGCCCCCUCCUCCUAUCACCCGCCCCAUCUCGCCUGGCCUCUCCAUGCGCGGUCGCGCCCGUUCCGACGAGGCUGGAGAGAGCAGCAGCAGCCAGCCUAGUGAGACUCGUCACUUCAGUGACUCAGAGAUGCUGGCGUAUGUUACCAUGCGCGGCAUCACCGGCCACGGCCACUACCCUCGCGACGAGGCACUGGAGCCGUUGGUCAGGGUGAUGUACGAGCCGAGGGCUACCGAGCCUGAGCCGGAGCCUGUUCAGGAGACGACGAUCGAGGCGGUUCAGGAGGCAGUGGACAGGGCUAUUCAGGAGAUGAUGAGCGAGCCUGCCGAAGAGACAACCACCGAGUCUGCUCAAGAGGUGACAAUCCAGCCUCUCCAGUUUUUGGAGCUCACAGAGCCUGUCCAAGACGACAACCGGCAACUUAUUACCAAUGACACAAGAACGCACCAAGGGUACCAAGACCAAGAACCCCAAGAGGAGGACGAUGGCAAGUCCGAAGACGACGGCAGAGGCACAGUUCCGAAAACCCCCCCUUCUUCUCCCAUGAGCAUCAGCAUCACUUCCCCCAUCAUCAGCGUCCAAGACUCCCCGUUCGGCCUCCAAGUGCGCGGCCGUUACUACCGGCCCCAUUCCGCGAUCUCCGAGCGCGCAGACUGGGAGGAGCAAGGCUUCUCCCGGUCGCCACGCAGUUUUUCCAACGGCUCUUAUGGCUCUUCCCAUGCGUCACACGGUUCAGCGAAUUCUGACGAGAGUAAUGGUGGUGAUGGAUACAGCACGUCGUCCACUCCGCCCAGGGAGUUUGUGAAGAUGUCCUUCAUCCAAGACGGCGAUGUCAGCGAUAACGAGGGAUUGGAUGCUAGCGGCAUUUCGCCCGAGACUUUUUUGAAGCUGACGGAGGGAUGUGCAACUGGUAACAGGCACUUUCGUGUUGGUGGUCCGGCGAAGGUUGAGGUUUCGGGUAACCUGGCUCGCACUCGCCCCGUCACGCCUCCCAUCGAGGAAAUGCCCGCCGUCCCGCCCUCUCCGUCAUCCCAGCACACCUACGAAUCUCAGUACGACGCAUACGACGGCAGCGUCAUGACCGGUCGCUAUUCAGUCCCUUCCAACCCUUCGGUCAAGUGGGCCCCCACCGGCGUUGCCCAUACCAAUUUCGCCGGCAGAAUUGAGAAUUUUAUGUUCGAUCGCAUGGAUCCUCUUGCCGGCCGUGAGCUGUGCAAGCGUCGUUACGGUCAGCCCGAGAGUGUCCAGGGUCCUCAGGGUAUCGAUGACGACAGCGCUAUCGCCUCCGCUUCGACUUCUCCCACUGCGGCUGCUGCCGGCCCGACAGUUCUAGCAGAUGGCACCCUAGCCGUUCCCAACAUCGCCGACUACUCCCCUGUCAAGAUCCCGGGCGAGAGCAAGCCCGUAUACGUUUAUGUCGGCGAUCUUCCUCCUCGCAUCCCGAUUGACGAGCGCAACAUUCCACCCCUUCUCCCACCCCUUCGCAAGGCCGUUCCCUAUAAUCCCGACCGGGAGGUCAGAAGAAUGAUUUCGGUGCCUCCGGGCUUUGAAGCGCAGUUUGCAGUUCAGGCUAGGCAGUUGAACUUGGCUGAGGGCGAGGCUUCUUCUUCUGCGGAACCAUUUGGUGGUCAGCAGAAGAUCGAUUGGAAGGGUAAAGGAAAGAUGAUCGCUCAGGCUUCUCCUUCUGCGACCGCCGCUUAUGGUCAGAAGAUCGAUUGGAAGGGCAAAGGAAAAGAGAUCAUCUUUCCUGAGGAGAGUCUGAGUAGCGGCAGUGGCAGUAGUCUCGAGAUGGUGGAACUUAAAGCUGGUCCUCCGCCGAAGCUCCCUGAUGAUCAUGUUGAGACCUAUACCUAUGAAGAGAUCGAGGAUGCGAUUACCCAUUACCCCGGUACCUUGGCUGACGGCAUUCCCGGUCACAAGGCGCGUGAAGUUCUCGAGACUCGCAACAAGGCCAUCGCCGACAUGGAGAAGGAAGAGGCUGAGAUGCGCGUUGAGACGGCUGCCCUUGAGCGCGAGGUGGAUGAGCUGGAGAGAAUCCGUCCGCUCGUCAAGGAACUGAUCGAGUGCGAAGUCCACGCCGCCAUCAGCGCCCGCCUCCAGGCCGAACUCGCCAAAGGCCCCUUAGCUUUCGGUGGACUCUUCAACCCUGCCAUCACAACCAACGAGGAAGCCAACGCCAUUAUCGACCGUAUUAUUUCCCAACCUCCUCCCACCACCCGCGGCCGCUCUCGCUCUAGGAACUUUCCUUCUUCCUCUGCCAUUGCCACCACCUCUGCCCCGACCAACAAAAUCCGCAAAGAAUCCGACGCCCACCGCCCCGCCCAAAUCCGCCAAUACUUCAACGACCAGAUCGAGCAACUCAAGUACAAAUUCGACGCGCAGUGGGUGGCCGUUAUGAGGCAGGCUCAGGACCAGACCAAAUUGAAGCAGAAAAAGGACCAGAAGGUGACGGCCAUUGGAGAGAUUUUGGAGGGUUUGGAGAGGAUGGGGGUGGAGGAUACCGAUCAGGUGUUGGAGAGGGCGAGGGAAAUUGUUGUUAGGGAGAUGGAGGAGGAGGAGAGGAGGAGGAGGGAGUGGGUUGAGAGGCAGGAGUGGUUGGCGAUGAAGGAGGGUUGGAAGGAGGUGUGAUGGGUGGAUUUCUUUGCUUGUAUUUACUUUCUUUUCUUUCUUUGUGUUGUUUUAUUUGCUUCUCUUCGAUGUUUCUUUUUUCCUUGAGGGUGGUUGUUGUUGAUCUUGGGGGUUUCACUCCGCCGGGGUUAGGGUUUAACGUGGAGGUUCUCGGAUUUGGCAGGUGUCCAUUUGGCGUUGAUAGUCGGACUUGUUCGGAUUGAGAUACCCGUGAUGGCGUCUGGAUGAAUCCCCUUGGGCUGAUAGCCUGAUGAUGAUAAUGCUAAAGCAAUUGCAAGGCAUCUUGACGAUUCCCCUUUGUUGACGUGCGUUGUUUGACCCCUUUUGGG